CAGGCACCCUGGCCUGCCUCCUCCAAGCCUGCCAGAGCUCAGAAUAACCCUGAGAACCAGGCAGCAGGAUGGCAGGGCCUCUGCUUGGGGUCCUGCUCCUCUUGGGGCUCCUCGGCAGGGGUGUGGGGAAGAACGAGGAGCUGCGUCUUUAUCACCAUCUCUUCGACAACUAUGACCCAGGAAGCCGGCCAGCACGGGGGCCUGAGGAUACUGUCACCAUCAGCCUAAAGGUCACCCUGACGAAUCUCAUCUCACUGAAUGAAAAAGAGGAGACUCUCACCACCAGCGUCUGGAUUGGAAUCGAUUGGCAGGAUUACCGACUUAACUACAGCAAGGAUGACUUUGGGGGCAUAGAAACCCUGAGAGUCCCUUCAGAACUCGUAUGGCUGCCAGAGAUUGUGCUGGAGAACAAUAUUGACGGCCAGUUCGGCGUGGCCUACGAUGCCAAUGUGUUGAUCUACGAGGGCGGCUCCGUAACGUGGUUGCCUCCGGCCAUCUACCGCAGCGUCUGCGCCGUGGAGGUCACCUACUUCCCCUUCGACUGGCAGAACUGCUCGCUCAUUUUCCGGUGGGAAGAGUUACUCGGAGGCUCGGACGAUUAUGGGAGGGACCUGUGGGGGUGGGGCCAGCCGGGAAGCACCGCCCUCGGGGGGGGCCUCACGCUGGAGGUGGAGCCAGGCAUCAGCAGCGGGAGGGACGCUCCAGCGAGGCCAGAGGUCCAGGUGGGAACAGGGGUAAGCGGGCUGGGCCUGAGUGAAGGGGUGGAGCCUCACGGCCCAGUAAGAUCCCAGCUUCCAAGGUUGGGCCUGGGGCCAGGGCCCAGGUCAGAGCUUGUGGGGUUGGGCGCCCGGCCCUGGCUCCACAGCUCCCAGACGUACAAUGCCAAAGAAGUGGAGUUAACCUUUGCCGUAGACGACGAUGGUGAGACUAUCAACAAGAUCGACAUCGACACUGAGGCCUAUACUGAGAACGGCGAGUGGGCCAUCGACUUCUGCCCGGGGGUGAUCCACCGCCACGACAUUGGUGCCACUGACGGCCCAGGGGAGACUAACGUCAUCUACUCACUUAUCAUCCGACGGAAGCCGCUCUUCUACGUCAUUAACAUCAUCGUGCCCUGCGUGCUCAUCUCGGGCCUGGUGCUGCUCGCCUACUUCCUGCCUGCGCAGGCCGGCGGCCAGAAAUGCACGGUUUCCAUCAACGUCCUGCUCGCCCAGACCGUCUUCUUGUUCCUCAUUGCCCAGAAAAUCCCAGAGACUUCUCUGAGCGUGCCGCUGCUGGGCAGGUUCCUUAUUUUCGUCAUGGUUGUCGCCACACUCAUUGUCAUGAAUUGCGUCAUCGUGCUCAACGUGUCCCUGCGGACGCCCACCACCCACAGCAUGUCCGUGCGUCUGCGCCACGUUCUACUGGAGCUGCUGCCGCACCUGCUGGGGUCCCCGCCGCCGCCCUCCGAGGCCCCCCUGGCCGCCUCGCCCCCAAGGCGGGCAUCGUCGGUUGGCUUAUUGCUCAGGGCGGAGGAGCUGAUACUAAAAAAGCCGCGGAGUGAGCUUGUGUUUGAGGGACAGAGGCACCGCCACGGGACCUGGACAGCUGCCUUCUGCCAGAGCCUGGGCGCUGCCGCCCCUGAGGUCCGCUGCUGUGUGGAUACCGUGAACUUUGUGGCUGAGAGCACGAGAGACCAAGAGGCCACCAGUGAGGUGGGACGGGAGCCAGAGGCCGGUGGUGUGAGGCAGAUCUCCCGUGCCCCUGGGUCCUGCAGCUCCCUCUUUACUGUGCUGACCCUUCCCCAGGAAGUGUCCGACUGGGUGCGCAUGGGGAAUGCCCUUGACAACAUCUGCUUCUGGGCCGCUCUGGUGCUCUUCAGCGUGGGCUCCAGCCUCAUCUUCCUCGGAGCCUACUUCAACCAAGUGCCUGAUCUUCCCUUCCCGCCGUGUAUCCAGCCUUAAUGCACACUGACUUCAACUUCCUAACCAACUCUAGCAGGAAAUGGAUUUUGAAAAAAUCAAUUUCAAAAUCACCACAGCCUUAUGAUCCCUCUGCUGGAGCGCAUGGGAACCAAACACCCUCAGUGCUGGUGGCCCUCAGGCUCACAGGUUUAGGGGUGAGGCUGCCCUGGCCCUCUGGCAGUCAGUCAUUUUUUCUAGGUUUUCUUGGCCCAGCACUGCUCAUGCUACCCUGUUGAGCCUCACUAAUGGCAGAUCUCGGCCCACCUUCUCCCUUUGUUCCCCACCCUGGAGGCUCUCUCUGCCUAGUAUCCAGGACGGUGAGAGAAGGCAAAAAAUGGGGCCUGAAUGGUGGGAGCUGGUUGAAUUGUCUUUAUUAACAAACAGGAUAUCCAAGGCCACUACAUUGAGGAGGGGUGAGGGGAGGGAGGGAGGAGGGUUACUUGCUGCUCACACUAUAUACAGAUGCAAGCAAGGGGCAUAGAGAGUGAGGGCUCCCUGCUCCCUCCCUCCACCAGGGAAGGGCAUGGGCUAGAAGAGAUGAGGGUUAGGAGGGGGGAACGUUUUGGCUGGCGGGGGUCCCCCCUCCUUUCCUUGGAGUCUGGGGGAGGGGAAUCAUUAAAGUGCUUUCAGAAAAUGAAGAAAUGGUCCCUGCCCCUGGAGUGGCUGGUGACCCCCC